AUGGCCUUCUCUCUCAAUCAUUCAGUGGCGGAAUUGGGCAGCUCCCAAGUUAAUCCCCUGCCUAUGUCUUUCACCGAGGAAAGCAGCAUCUUAAGUGCAGAUCUUCCGAUUGAACCUACCAUGGAUUCUCUGGCCACUUCUCGGAUUGUCCUCAAAAUUCCUUUUGCACCCAAGCCUACCACUGCGUCACCUGAGCCUGUCCAGUCUUCCUCGUCGACCGCUCAUUCUUCUAGCUUCCUUGGUCCUAAAUCCCCGACCUUCAAAUGCACACCCCUCGUGAUCAAAGACGAAUGGAUCAAGGACGAAGCAUCCUCCUCCUCCUCCGACAAGGAGAUGAGACCUCCUGCAGGCAAAAGACCCCGCAGAUGGCACCGUACCCUCGCCUCGCCAUCGGUAGACGGUAGCAACAGAAGCCGCCACCGGUCCAUUGCUCCUUCACCUCCAUUCCGGCUUCGAUCCAGGUCCCCAAGAUCCAGGGCCAUUUACGAAAGAUACAGACCAAAUCUCCGCGUUGCGUCUGUUCUUGACACUGACCUUACUGCCGACGGUGCAUACGAAACUCACGUUCAGGCUACUCGCAACGUCCAUAUUGCUAGAAUCGAGCGCCUUCGGGCCAGAGAGGACAUACAGGAGGCGAUUCUGGAAUUAGACCGCUUUGAGCUGGAGUUGGCGAAGCAGAAGUUGGAGGAGUGUCACAGGGAUUAUUUCAAACAACCAACCUUUCAGUUCAAAUCUUUGCUUCUUGUUGCUUCUCCUGUCAGCUCCCCGUGGAGGCGCGAAACCCAAAUACUAUUUGGAAUUGCUGGUCGCAAAAACCUCAGCUCUCGCUCCGACCUCCUCCUCGCCCUCGAGCACCAUCAACAACAAACACCCACACAGUCCUGGCCCCCUUUCUUCCGCGGCAGCCCGACCCUCAACACCUACCUCCCCCGCCUAAUCGACUACACGGGACUCCUACGCUACCAAUACGUGAUGGUCUGGCAGGAUCAUACCGGCCAGGAGACGCUUGUCGCGAAUGCCUACUCAAUGCCUUUUUUCUGGCCCGAGCUGGCCGAGUUCCAGCACCGGAAGUCUCAUGAUUCGGACACCGCCGGCACGGACAAAACAUCCCUCCCAGGGGAAGACGGCAUACGAGUCCUCGACACCCUGCCCGACGGGGGCUACGAAACGAUCCUCGCACGCGCAGUGGAACAGUUCUUCGUGCGCCAGAAUCUCCCUGCGAUGUCUCCGCCCUUGACGCAUGACCAGGCGCGGGAUAUGCCUGUGCGACGACGGCGUGAAGCACCUAAUGCACUUGUCGUUUUGUCAGUAGGUGUAUAUCAGGAAUGGAGAGGCCAGGGACUUGUCGGCCGGAUGGUGGAGUUUCUGAAGGAUGUAGCGCGGAGAGAUGAGUUGGGAGUGGUCAUCACGCCGUUGCGACCGGCUGCGAAGGUGGGCUUUCCGACUGCUGAUACUGUGGAGUAUUUGGGCUGGAGGAAGGAGACGGGACCUCAGGGGGUGGUGCUGCUGCUGGUGAAACACGUCGCUCUGGGCGGCCGGGUCGUCAGGAUAGCAAGGAGCAGCGUCUCGGUGAUGGGGGACGUUGCCGCGUGGGAGAGCUGGACCGGAAUGGAUAUUCGAGACUUGGUGGCGUCAGAGACGGAAGAUACAAAGAUGGAGAAGGUCGAUGCCCGAGGCUUUGUGCAUAUUUGUAUUCCUGGGGCGUUGGUCCCUGUGAGAUACUAUUUGCGAAGUGAGCAGCUUGUUUAUGCUGAGCCCAGUGUGUGGGUGUAUCACGAUGUUACCGAUUCAAGGUAG